AUGCGUUUGGCUUGGUCCAAUUAUUCAACCCUUCUUACUUCGUCGAGCAGAAUUUUGUUAUCCAACGCCACUUUAGCGCCCAGUUCAAGCCUUUCAAAAAUGUCGACCUACACCAAUCUCAAGAUUGACUUUACCAAACCUUCUUUAGACGAUAGAAAUUACCGAUUCAUCGAAUUGCCUAACAAGUUGAGAGCCCUUCUUAUUCAAGACCCUGAAACGGACAAAGCCGCGGCUUCUUUGGAUGUCCACAUCGGCUCGUUCGAGGACCCUGAAAAUCUCCCUGGUCUUGCGCACUUCUGUGAACACCUUCUUUUCAUGGGCAGCUCAAAGUUUCCAAAUGAAAAUGAGUAUUCCAGCUUCUUGAGCAAACAUGGCGGAGGAUCUAAUGCCUACACGAGUUCUCAAAACACGAAUUACUUCUUUCAAGUAAACCAUGAGAGUCUUUACGGUGCAUUAGACAGGUUUUCAGGAUUUUUCAGCUGCCCUCUAUUCAAUCAGAGCUCCACUGACAAGGAAAUUAAUGCGGUUGACAGUGAGAACAAGAAGAACUUGCAAAGUGACUUGUGGCGGCUCUACCAACUCGACAAGUCUCUCACAUCCAGUGAACAUCCUUUUCACAAAUUCUCAACCGGCAACAUAAAAACUUUAGGUGUUAUUCCAAAGUCACAGAACUUGGACAUCAGAGACGAGCUGCUUAAGUUUUACGAUGCUUCCUACUCCGCUAAUCUUAUGAAGCUUUGUGUUUUAGGAAGAGAAGACUUGGAUGUAAUGUCAGAGUGGGUUAACGAACUAUUCAAGGAUGUUCGCAACAUUGAUCGUCCAGUGCCUUCCUAUCCGGGAAAAAUGUUGCCCGCUGAAUACUUGACUCAAAUAGUUCACGCAAAGCCUGUAAAAGACUUGAAAAAGGUAGAGAUUACUUUCUCAUCUCUAGAUGUUGACUUACACUGGGAUUCAAAACCAAGCCAUCACCUCAGCCAUUUGAUUGGUCAUGAAGGGUCGGGCUCUUUACUUGCCCUCUUGAAAUCCAAGGGUUGGGCCAAUGAAUUGUCUGCAGGUGCUCACACCGUUUCCGAAGGAAAUGCCCUUUUUUCGAUAGACAUUGAUUUGACAGAUGAAGGUGUUGAAAACUAUGAGCAAAUCGUCCUUUUCGUCUUUCAAUACAUCGAGAUGUUAAAGGAGCAACUUCCUCAGGAUUGGAUAUUUACCGAGCUACGUGAUACUGCGGCUGCCAAUUUCAAGUUCAAGCAGAAAGGUAACGCGUCGUCCACAGUAUCAUCUCUAUCCAAGGCACUUGAGAAAGAAUUUAUACCCGUUGGCGACAUUCUGAGCACGUCUUUACUAAGGAAGUAUGACCCUGUUCUUAUCACGUCCUAUUUGGCGGGACUCACACCUGAGAAUUCUCGUGUAAACUUGAUUCAUAAGAAUGUCAGUACAGAUAAGAAAGAAAAGUGGUAUGGCACAGAAUACAGCGUCACAAAGUAUUCCGAUGACUUCAUGAAGUCCCUGAAAAACCCUGGUCUCAACCCACACUUGCAUUUACCUCGUCCUAACGAAUUUAUAUCUACAAACUUUCACGUUGAUAAAAUUGAAAAUGCAAAGCCGUUACCAGAGCCAUUACUCUUAAAGAGUGAUAGCCAAGCUAAGCUGUGGUAUAAGAAAGAUGAUCGCUUCUGGGCUCCUAAGGGCCAUGUUUAUGUGUCCAUGAAACUCCCCCACACAUACUCUAGCAUCGUAAACAGCAUGCUAACUUCUAUUUAUGUGGAUCUUGUCAAUGACCAUCUAAAGGACGUAGAGUAUGAUGCCCAGGUGGCUAGUUUACGCAUUUCAUUCAGAAAGACAAAUCAAGGGCUAGAUUUAUCGCUAAGUGGUUAUAAUCAAAAAAUUGCUAUCCUGCUUACGCGUUACUUGGAGGGGAUCAACAGCUUUGAGCCAACCGAAUUACGCUUUAAAAAUUUCCAAAAGAAGCUAGUUCAGUCGUUGAACAACCAUUUGUUUGACGUUCCAUAUGGCCAAAUAUCUGAUGUUUACAAUUCUCUCAUCAAUGAAAGAUCUUGGACGAUCGCUGAAAAAAUACAGACCGUCCAGCAGCUUUCAUUCACCCACUUGCAAAAUUUCAUCCCUACCAUAUUUGAACAGUUUUCUUUUGAAACUUUAGUCCAUGGGAAUUUUAAACAUGAUGUAGCUAUUGAGAUUGAUGAAAUGAUUAGGACUUUAGCCCCUGACAAUUUGCACAUUGCUCCAUCAAAGACCAUAAAACCUAGAUCCAUCCUGCUCCCACAAGGACACACUUACUACUAUGAGCACAAACUGGCAGACGACAAAAAUCUCAAUUCCUGCAUUCAACAUGUAACUCAGUUGGGAGUUUACUCUGAGGAGCUUGCCGCCAAAGCCUCAUUGUUGGCCCAGCUGAUUGAUGAGCCUGCUUUCAAUACUUUGCGGACUAAAGAACAGCUAGGCUACGUAGUGUUCAGCUCCGCUAUGAAUACACAUGGAACGGUGAAUUUGAGAUUGUUGGUUCAAUCAGAACGUGGAACGGGUUACUUGGAAUCCAGAAUCGAUGCAUUUUUAGCAAAAAUGGAGAGUGAAAUUGAGCAAAUGACAGAAGACGAAUUCCAGAGGCACAAGACUGCACUUUGCAAGACCCUGCUACAAAAGUACAAAAACUUGUCAGAGGAGAACUCACGAUUCACCACCACAAUAUAUAUGGGCGACUAUAACUUCACUGAUAAGGAGCGUAAGGCGGCGAUCGUUGAAAGCUUGACCAAGUCAGAAGUGCUCGACUUUUACCGCCAUCACGUCUUGUCCGGAAGCGCUUGUAAGCUGGUCAUUCAUUUGAAAUCUCAAGUCCAGGAUGAUGCAUCGGCCAAGAGAGACCAAGUCGACAACUACCCAACAGGAACAUUGAUCACUGAUAUCGGACGAUUCCAAGGUCAACUAAGCUUAGCACCUGUGCGCCAGCCCGUCAAGAAGCUGGAAAUAGUUUCUAAACUGUAG